AUGGAGACGCGGGUCCCGCGGGCCGGGCCGGCCCACCCGCCCUCCGCGGGGCCUGAGCCGCGGUCCCCCCGCGCCGCGCUCCACCGCGCUCCGCCGCCGCGUCCGCCCGGGGACCGCGCAGGACACACCGAGAGAGGCCCGACGGCGCGCCCCGCCUUCGGGAACCCGAGCGAAGCGAGCGCCGGAGGCCGCCACCGCCCGUGCCCCGAACCAGGCGAGGCCGCCUCGGAACCCAACUGCCUUCGCGCGGCCCCGAGGGCGCCGUUCCGACCGCAGCCCCGGAGCCCCGAGCGCGGCCGCCGCGUCCCCGUCCCCCGAAGCCCCGGCAGACCGCCGCCGCCUGGGGUCAGGGGGUCGUGGGGCGGGCGGGGGGAGCGCCCCCCCGACGGGCCCGGGAAGGGCGGCUCGGGAGGCGACUCCCCAACCGCCUGCGCGCCCCCGCCCCUCCGCGACGCUUGGGUCCGCCCGCAGGGGCCGCCAGGUGCCACCUGUCCCGCCUCCGCCUUGCGCGCGCGACGGAGACGGGCGGCCGGGUGGGUCCCGCCUCGGCGGGGACUUACCGAGAUCACCGCUUGUUUUCACAGACGCGAUGCUCGAGGCGCAAGGAAGACGGUUCCGUGCAGCGUCGGCGUGGUAGCUGAGCUGGCGUCGCCGCCGGCGGGCGCGGGGGCGGCCGUGCCCCGCGGCACCGGCGAGCCGGGCUCGGCCCGCGAGCCCCGCGCGGAGGACCCGGCGCUGUCGGCCCGCGCCCCGCGCAGCGACACAGGCCCCGCCGGGGCGCCCGAGAGCACGGGCUUCCCGGACGCCGUCUACGUUACGGCAGCAAACAUUUUUCAGGGUAUUCGGUUGGAAAAGUCACCGGAGCACGUCUUAAUCAAGUACGGGGAUGAACCCUUGCGGUCCUUGCCCGAGUCGGAGGAUGAAUCCGUGCAGCGUUCGUCCUACGAGCUGGCUUUCAGCGCCCUGAAGUUUCAAGAUAUUUUGGAAACAAUAUUAAUAGAUAGCUAUAUCUUCCCAAGUACCACAAUACCAGAUCACUUGAGCAGUCUUAUUAUUGUGAUGCUGUAUGAUUUCCAAGACAGAAAAUUUCAAGCUCGUCUCCUUUCUGAUAAUGAAGAGCCCAUAGCAGAAGUUCAGGAAGUAGAGAGUCUUCUUAACAGUUUUAAGACGAAGUUGGCUGCAGCAUUGGCAAGAUGUCGAAUCAAACAUGAUGCCCUUUCAAUUUACCACAUUCUUCCAGAAACAAUUAGGAACCAGGAACUAAGGGCCUCCACUUUGCCACUUUAUGCUUGGAUAAAUACUUGUAAAAUCAGCCCUGAAGAAGUUUAUUAUAGUUUGAAGAAAAAAGGUUAUCAUAAAGUCAAAUCUGUAUUACAUAUUGAUGAUAAAGUCUUUGCUGUGGACCAACAUUGCCAUGAUGUCUUGAUUUUUCCAUCUCAUCUUAAAAAUGAUCUUCUAAAUAUAGAUCUUUUCAAAGAUUAUAAACUUAUACUUCAGGACAAAUCUCGAAGUCUUGCUGUCCAUUCUGUAAGGGCUUUAUUAAAUAUGGAUGAUGAUAUCUUAAUGGUCAAUACAGGUUCAUGGUACACAGUUGCCCAUAUGUCAGUCUUAACAAAUAAUAAUACCUCAAAAAUAUUUGUGUGUGGAGUAAAGUCACAAGCUAAGGAUCCUGACCUGAAGAAUCUUUUUACAAAAAUGGGAUGUAAAAAUAUUGAAAUACUUCAUGAGACAUUUCUUAACAUUGAAUCAAAGGAUCAUAGAUUACAGAAAGUUAAAGUGAUUCUGUUGCUACCUCGUUGUUCAGGACUGGGUGUUAGUAAUCCAGUAGAAUUUAUACUAAAUGAGCAUGAAGAUACAGGUUUACUUAAAGAUUUCUCUCAAGGAGGCACAUCAGAAGAUAAACUUCACAUUCUUGCUCAACAGCAAUAUGAACAGCUAACACAUGCAAUGAAAUUUACUAAAGCUCAAGCAGUCGUUUAUUGCACAUGUUCAGUUUAUCCAGAAGAAAAUGAAGCUGUUGUUAAAAAAGCACUGGAAUUUCAGGACCUGGGGAAUAAAGUACAGCCUUAUAGGCUUAGUCCUCCUGUUCUUCCAAUGUGUUCCUUAAAGGAAAUACAUCUGUCUACUGAUAAAUUUUUCAGAAUGGAACCAUCUGAAAUUACCAAUGGUUGUUUUCUUUCUGUUCUAACAAGGGAGCGGGACCCAUCUGAGACAGUGUCUGUGAAGGAUGUUUUGGCCCGGGCUGCAGCAAAAGGUCUACUGGAUGGAAUUGAGUUAGGUAAAUCUUCAAAACGGGAGAAGAAGAAGAAAAAAUCAAAAACAUCAUUGCCAAAAGCUCCCACUAAUGACAAUAAUGGGAUCCAAAUGAAAAUCGCUGAGUUCCUGAAUCGAGAAACAAAUGCAAAAGCUAAUCGGCCAGAGAUAUUAACAAAAACAUCUCUUCCACAGAAAAAUGCAACUCCAGCAAGUUCUUCCUCACAGGUCAGAAAACCUGGCAAACCUGCCAACAAUCCCUUAGCGCCUACACUUACAAAGAACGCAGCUCACCCCAGACCAUAUGAACGGCAGACCAGCUUCCUAAGACCUCGCUCAGAAGACAGAGUGAUUGCUCUGAAACCCAUCGAAAUUGUUCUGCCUCCGGUAAUGUUGCCAUUUUCAAGUUCCCAAGGGAUCAAAUCUCAGCUACCAACUCAACAUUUUUACUAUCGUUGGGUUGGACCCAAGACUGUCAUGCCCAGCUACUUUCCCUCACCAUCAAUAACCAGAAGAGGGGAAAAGCCUAAAGAAAACUUACCUUCCUCCCUACUUCGGCGUCCUCGACCAUGGCUUUGACUGUCUUGUGUUUUUUACAGGGGUCAAGAGCAGUUGAUUUUUUUUUUCAAAGUCUGAUAUUUCUCUGAAGGUUAGAUAACCCUACACAAGAUACUCAUCUUUUGGUCACUUAGUAUCUUCUAAAUGUGAUAUUACCUUCAAGAGAAUUAGGACAAGUGAGAAAAUAAUGUAAGUGAUCCAACAAAAGCAGAAUUCCUACAUUUCAACAGCUCAGUGCCGAUCUGUUCUAGAAUGUCCGGCUGUAGACUCAGUAUCAGCUGUUAGAACCUGUCUUCUUGCUAACUUUCGGUCUGGACUCAGGAUACUGUUUUAAGAGGAAGCUGCAAGUUUUUCCUGCAGGGAAACACUGCCUCAUAACAGAUGUGGGGCAGGUGACUGGAAAGCGUGGCCAGGGAAAAGACGCUGGCCUUCACGCCUACUUGAGGUCGCUUUUCUGUAUCUAUUCAGUUGUGGUUUGACAUUUUCCAUCACUAUGGAGGUUGAUUUUUUUUUCUUAAAUAUCAAAAUAUUCUUUAAACACGGGAUGGCAUGUAUUUUUGUGAUGUGAUUGAGUAGGAAGGACAGGCAAUUUUGAAGUUCCAGGUGUGGGUGGUUCAGCUGAACGCUACCAGAGUGAAAACUGUUUCUCCUUGGAAGAGCUUCCAGGAUCCCGAGCAGAUUGAACAUAGUCAGCUUUCCCUUCUGACCAUGCCAAUCACAGUUGUGGAAAAGUGACUGUACACAGAUUUCCAUCUAAUUCGUAAUAAUUCUGAGGGGGAGGAAAACUGAAUGCAAGUGACACCUAUUAUUGAAGAGAUCCAUAAAAGUGUCUGCUUCUGUUCCAAGAUCAGGUGAAACAGUAAAAUCUACAAGUCCUAGCAAAUGGUACUCGGUAAUCAAACUUCAGCAGAUCAUUUCUGAUGCACAAUUAAAAUAUAUUGUAGCACUAUGUUAAUUAUAUUAAAAGUCAAUUCAUCUUGAAUUUAUUAUCUGUUGCCUAUCAAGAAUUGGUAUGAUGAUCACUUCUGGGUCUAUUGAUUGGUUUUUCAUCAUGGAAACAGAAAUUGUUUGACAUUAAAUCAAAUAAGUUACGACUAUGAAACCUAUUGUUUAAAAUAUGUUCAUAGACACAUUCAUAAAGUUUGAAUAUAAAGUUCUAUUUUCAGAA